AUGGGGUUUGUGGAGGCGGAAGAUUUCGGGCAGCACGUGGAUUUGACGCAGCGGAUUCGCGAAGUGCUCGCGAAUUACCCCGAGGGUACCACGAUUCUCAAGGAGCUGAUUCAGAACGCCGACGACGCUGGCGCUUCUAAGGUGUCCUUCUGUCUGGACCAUCGCACACACGGAUUGGCAUCGCUCGCCUACGCGCCUCUUGCCCAGUUCCAAGGCCCUGCUCUGCUCGUGCACAACGACGCUGUGUUUUCAGAUGAAGACUUUGCGAGCAUCUCACGGGUGGGGGACAGUGGCAAGCGCAAGCAGUCCUGGAAGACCGGCCGAUUCGGCAUCGGAUUCAACUCAGUCUAUCAUCUCACGGACCUCCCCUCCUUCGUCAGCCGUCAGUUCAUCACUUUCUUCGACCCGCACUGCGCCUACCUGCCCCGCGUCUCCGCAGCCAAUCCGGGCAAGAGAAUAGAUUUCGUUGCUGCCCGAGCGGCGAUGGCAGCGCAGCGGGAUCAGUUCUCCCCGUACUGUGCGUUUGGGUGCGACAUGCAGAGGCCGUUUGCAGGGACACUAUUCCGGUUUCCGCUGCGGACGGAGGAGCAGGCAGGGAAGAGCAAGCUAUCACGGCAGGCGUACAAUGCAGCUGACAUGGCUGCUCUGUUGAGGGAGUUUGAGGCCGAGGCAGUCUCCUCACUGCUCUUCCUGAAGCACGUGGACCGUGUGGAUGUGUUGGAGUGGCAUCAGGGCGCCACCGCCCCCGUGCCUCUCUUCUCCUGCCGCAUCACCUCCCCCGACUCCUCCCUCCGCUUCCACCGCCAAGCCUUCUCCCGCCUCGCCCGCCCUGCUGCUGCUGCUGGUGCUCCUGGGGCUUCUGGAGGGGGAGCAGGGGCAGGGGCGGUUGCAAGUGAAAAAGAUAGUGCAGAUUUCUACGAAAUUGGGUUUGUGUGCGAGUCGUUUUCCCAGGGGAAGAGAGAAGGGAAGGAUGCCGAAGCGGCGCUGGGGACGGUGGGGCGCAUGGCAAGGCGAGCAGCGGAGGAGUAUGAUAUUCACCUGGUGCCAUGGGCGUCUGUGGCUGCUAGAGUGGAUUGUGACGGAGACACAAACGCGGCGGGAGCACCAGUGUCCUCUUUCCAGGGUCGGGCAUUCUGCUUCCUGCCUCUGCCAGUGCGUCCCAACCUCCCAGUGCAUAUCAACGGCUACUUUGAGCUCUCUUCCAACCGCCGAGACAUCUGGAAACUCCCCUCUGGUGCUGACGGGGUGGAGCAUGCGGGGGGAGAGGGGGGAGGUAUGAAGGGGGAGGCUCUGCAGGUGGCGCAUCCGAGUUUGCGCGAGUUUGUGCGGCCAGCCACAGGGGCAGGUGUGCUGGAUGCACUGCAGUCCGCAGCUGACUGGCAUGGUGUGCCCUUUGCCACGCUCUUCCAAAUGGCAGAGGCUGCUCUUGAUAGUGGUACCUCUGCUGCUGCUGCUGCUGCUGCUGGUGGUGGUGGUGCUGCUGCUGGUGCUGCUGGUGGUGCUGCUGGUGUGGCUGCCCCGGCUGGGGUGGAGCCAGCCCUGCUAGGCGAGUCCUUCCUCUGCCCCUCAGACGACCGAGAGGCUGCAGUGCUCUCCCGCGCCCUAGCCAUCCCCACGCUCCCCCGCCCGGCUUUUUUCAAGAUGCAGGUGCUCGCUAGAGUCCAAGCGCUGCCGCCCGGGCUUCGGAACAGGACGAUGCUUGCCGUGCUGCAGGAGCUGCCGCAGCUGUGCACUGUGGAUCCGGGGUUGCGAGAUGUGGUGGCGAAUUUGGCGUUUGUGCCUGCGUGGGAUGGCAAAGGGGAUGGGCGGCAACAGAAAUUGCAGCAGCAUGAGGAAGUGGAGGGAGGGAAUGUAGCAGGAGGAUUUGCAGGAGGAGCAGCAGGAGGGGCAGGGGCGGCAGGUGCAGCUGAGAUAGAUACGGAUAUAGGAAAUGAGACGCUUUGCCGCCCAGUGGAUCUGUACGAUUCUCGCAACCCAGAGCUCUGCCACUUGCUGCAAGGAAUGGCCGGCAACUGGUUCCCUGCCGCCCCGUUUUCGUCCUCUUCUGCGCUUGAGAUGCUACUCAGCGUGGGGCUCCGCAGUGCGGUUACUACCGAAACGAUUCUCAGCUGUGCGCGCGCUGUGGAGAGCAUUGCCGCUACAGACGCGGCUGUAGCACGGGAGCGCGGGCGGGUUCUUUUGUCCUAUCUGGAUGUGAACGCGGCGAGAUGGGUGCCUGUGGCGCAGGGGGGGAGAUGGGCGCGGCCGCUGACGGGGAGUGUGCUGGCGGCACAGCUGCUGGAGCUGGGGCGUGUGUGUGGUGCGGAGGUGGCGGACAAGGGCGCGGGGAAGGCCCUGGCAGGGGCGGUGCCAAGGAUAUACACGAUGCUGUCGGACAUGCUGGGACAGGAGGAGAUGGAGGUGGUCAAGGCGAUUCUCGAG